CUCAGUUCUGCCCUGCCUGAGCCUGAAUUGGAGACUUGGAUGAGGCUAUAUAUAUAAUGGAGUACAUAUAUGGAGCUUGCUAUAAGCUAGCUCGAGAAACCGUCAAUACACUUUAAUUAUUUAAGCAAAUCACCAUGGCAGAAGCGUCUCUGUCGACGUCUCCGCCUCUGAAGCUCGUCGUCGCAGUGGCCAUGACGGUGCUUCUUCUCGUGUUUUCCCAGCAAGCUGCCGCGGCGCCGGCGCCGGGGAAGAAGAACUCUUGCUACAAGCGUCUCUUCAGCUUCGGCGACUCGCUGAUCGACACGGGCAACUUCAUCCAGUACUCCACGGCGCCGGGCCCCGUCACGAGGUCGCCCUACGGCGAGACCUUCUUCGGCCGCCCCACCGGCCGCUGGUCCGACGGCCGCCUCAUCGUUGACUUCAUCGUGGAGAGGCUGGGGUUUCCCUACUGGCCGGCGUACCUACAAGCGUCCAACAAGACGAAGGAGGAGUUCCAGUACGGCGCAAACUUCGCCGUAGCGAGCGGCACGGCCUUAAACCAGCUGCUAUUCCGAAAGAAGCACCUCAACGUCAACCAGAUCACCCCAUACUCCCUCGGCAUCCAGAUCAAAUGGUUCAAAAACUUGCUCCCAAAGCUCGCCGCCACCGCCGACGAGCGGCGGGAGCUGAUGGCGAGCUCGUUGUUCCUGGUGGGGGAGAUCGGCGCCAACGACUACAACCACCCGUUCUUCCAGAACAGGACGCUCGAUUGGGUGAAGCCGCUCGUGCCAAAGGUCAUCCGGUCCAUAACGCUCUCCAUCGAGGCUUUGAUCGGGUUAGGGGCUAAGAAUGUUUAUGUGCCGGGGAUUUUUCCUUUGGGGUGUGUCCCGCGGUACCUCUUCUUCUUCCGUGGCGGUGAACCGGGUGACUAUGAUUCUGCUGGUUGCCUCCGGUGGCUUAACGACCUCACGCGCCUCCAUAAUCGCUUGCUCAAGGCCAAACGCGAGGAGCUCCAUCAUGAGCACCCCGACGUGUCCAUUACCUAUGCGGACUACUAUGACGAGGUUCUCACCGCCCCGGCCCAAAACGGAUUCAACAAGGAGACGGUGCUACACGCGUGCUGCGGCGGAGGCGGGCCGUACAACGCCAACUUCACGAUCCACUGCACGGAGCCAGGGGCCGUGCAGUGCCCGGACCCGUCCAAGUACGUGUCGUGGGACGGCCUCCACAUGACGGAGGCCGUGUACAGGAUCAUGGCCCGUGGGUUACUCGACGGCCCCUUUGCCAUGCCGCCGAUCAUGUCCAGAUGUAGCGCAUAAUACUGUUUACGACCUACUACGGAGGCUUAAUUGACUGGCGCGUCUUUGUUUUGCGUCUCUCUGGUAAUUGUUGGAACGAGAAACCGUGAAUAAUUGUCUAUGCGUAAGUAUAGCUUUUGUCUCGAAUUUCAGUUAAAUGUGAAUCUCGGUUUUAUUUGA